AUGCGUUCCCUUACCGCUCUAACUGUUGGCGUAUUUUCGACAUUUGCCCGGUGCGAGGCGCAGGGCCUCGCCAAAGACACUCCUGGCCCAUGUACCAAUAUCUCCUUAAGCUACCCUGGUUGGGAAGUGACCGACCUGGUUCUCACCAACCACCGGAUAGAUUUCCGCCUCGUCAAUAACGCAGAUGCUGAUAUCAGGACUUCGUGCUCAGGUGACAGCACUGCCCCACCAGUCAGUUACCAGGAGUGCCGGGACAGGCAGACUCAGUUCACCUACGACAAGAAAUCAUCCGUCCUCGUAAUCAACCAAACAUGGACCUGCAACGACAGCAACCUCACAUUCAUCGGCACCGGCACCACCACCCUAGCCUGCCCCGCCAACAACACCACCUGCACCACCCCCAACACCAACCCCCAACCCAUCCGCGCCUCCCUCCUCGCCCCCAUCCCCAUCACCCCCCAACCCAUCCCCUUCCCCCCCAGCGCCACCACCCCCAACUGCACCCACCGCUCCCUGACCCCCACCUUCGAAAUCACCCACCUCCACUACCAACGCCUCGACCUCGGCCCCCCCUGCAGCCCCGUCUCCGGCACCUGCUCCGGCACCAGCCUCUACUACGGCGAGAUCACGUUCACCCUCCGCAACACCGCCACCAACGACACCCGCGCCUGCGCCGCCCAGACCCUCGGCCUCAGCGACCUGCAGGCUAUGCCGCGGGACUGGUUGGCGUGCGAUGCGGGCGUGGUGUUUAUCAAUCCCGCGCCGGUGGUGCCGCCGCCGGAUUUUGAGACGAGGACGUAUUUCUGGUUUGAGCAUGCGUCGAAUAGGCUGUUGGUGAGGCAGGAGUGGUAUUGUGGGGAUUUGGGGGGGCGGGAGGAGUUUGGGUUUGUGGCGGAGGUGGAGGUUAGUCCGGCGCUGGAUCCGGGGGUGGAUUAUGUGGGGAAUUUGACGGUGCCGGGGGUUGGGGUGGAUGCGAGCGCGCCGGUGUUGGUGGUCGAGGGGGGGGUUGUGAGGGAGAGGUUGCCGCCGUAUAGUCUUGGGCGACCGCGGGUGUUUGGGCCUAGUUGCACGGUGACGUCGUUGGUUAAGCGGCCGAAGAUGUUUCCGAUACAGGACUUUUGGUUCGGCACGUAUUGGACUAGUGCCGGGGUCCGGACGGGGCACGUGUGGAUGUUUGUGACGAACGAAGUGUUCGACACACAGCUCAACUUCGAGUCGGAGGGGACAGCUAUGGUGCCGGGAGUUGAGGGCGUUAGUAACCCGGACGUGUGGUACGGCUGCGACGGAGGGAACUCUGCUGCGCCGCCCGUGGCCGGGUUGCUGAACUGCAGCUUUGCGUUUGACAGGACAGCUAAUCGGCUGUCUGUGAGGGAAGAUUGGGUUUGCGCGGACAAGGACAGCGAGAACCCGAUAUUGUUCACGGCCAUUGGGAGUGGGGUCGUCGAUAUGGACGACUCGUUGUGCGAGAGAUCCGAAGACGAGCCGGACAAUCGGUAUUGCCCUGGACCUGACCACUUCAAUAUUGACAUCAGAGAUUACAGCUGGAGGUGUGCCUUAUAUGGGCUCCCCAUCCCGUAUAAAAACAUUGGAUACGCUCAUGGAGCUCAUGUUCAGCGACAAUGUUGA